ACCCUGAAGCUCCACCCACGGUCGCCGGCUCACGUCCCGGCGAGGAACCAUGCAACGCAACCAUUGCAGUUCCAAGCCCAAGAGACGGGCUUCAGCAUGUCUGGCCCAGUCUACCGAGAGAAUUGCCGUGCAAGCACUUUUUGGAAUUGCUGCUGGCGCCACUAGACUUGGCAGCGGUCAAGGUCUGCGCGAGCCACCAGGUUCGUGUCAGCCGUUGUCCGCCCUGAUGUCAUUGAUGCUCCCAUGCAGUUAGCCCCUCUCAAAGGAUGUGCAGAAAGACGCCAAGAUGGGGGAGGCAAUAACUGUCGUCGUAGCCCAAAUGACCCUGAUGUGGUCUUUGAGCCUUCGAGCCCGGCAUUAAGUGCCAGAAAAGACGUUUGUUUAGCGACGACAUUAGUUCUAGCACACGAAUCGUCGUUGACCCAAGGGGGAGCAACUCUGCUACUAGCCAGCCUAGGUCCAAACGCUAAUCAUACAUUCUCACAGAAGGAAGUUAGCCCAGCAACCGUCUUUGACUCAAGGGCUUAUUCGAAAUCACCUUGCUGUGGUAGGCUGCAGUCAAGUCCUUUGGAGGAGCAGCUACGUCUCGGGUCAGCUAGUAUUGUUCGGACUCGAGCUCAUCUGCACCCAUCCCGUCCUUGCCGUCAUCAAGGGUCAACCACAAUAUCAACAUGCAAUGUCAUGCCACAGGUAGGUGGAAUCACUACCCCAGAAGCAAUCAUAUUUGGGUUCCUGCAAGAGUCGAUGGUUUCGCUGGUGAUGUUCAUUACUUGCGUAAAUGGCAGACCUGUCAGCAUGUGCCAUGUACCACAUGGUUCAGCGUCCGAACCACUUCGCGACAUGACUCGUGCACCGAUGGUUAGUGCCGUCCACUUACUCCUCCACAACGUGGAGCUCGACAGGCCGUGCCUAUUAUACGGAUCCCCCGAACUGGGCCCGUGUGGUCCCUGGGGUCGAAUGCGUUCACAGGCCCAAACAGAGAGCAUGCCGCGCCCCAUUGGGACCCUGUUGCAUAAGACGAUACAACAUCGACUGUAGUACUCCGUAAGGAACAGCCGAUAUUGCCACCUGACCCAGGCUGAGCAACAUGUUGUGACAAGAGUGUUGUCUCAGCAGAU